AUGGCUCCUGCACAAAAGAGAAAGCCAGUUGAAGACGAUUUCGUCCACACGAUAUCAGACAAUGACGAGGAUCUCGCUGAAGAGGAAGUGAUGCACGCUGAACCACCGAAGAAGAAGAAGAAGACUGCAAAGAAAGCAAAGAAAGCCCCGAAAACCAAGGACGCCUCUGCUGAUGAGGAUGAGGAGGUUGAGGGGGUUUGGGGCCAGAACGACGACGAUGAUGGCGCAAUGGACACUGACUUCGAAUUUAUGGUGGACAAUGCUGGCGACUUUGACGAGGAAGCGUUCGAGGGCUGGGGCUUCGACGGCGCCAAGAAGAGCAUGAACAUGAACAAGAAAAUGGUGGACAUUGACGAAAUCAUUCGAAGAAGAAAAGAGAGGCAGGGAAAAGACUCUAUCGACCCCAACGCCGAGGGUGAGGCGGACGCAGACGAAGAACAAGAGAAUCUUGAGGAUGGCAUGGAAAUGGACGACGACGACGAUGAGGUUCUUGCUGACGACGCAUUCGGCAUGCAUGUUGAUCUGGGAUCGGAGGAAGAAGAUGAUGACGAGGCUAAAGAAGAUGCCGGCAAGGGAGAAGACGACGAGCAGGAGGGAGGCGAUGCAUCAGAUGACGACUCUGUGGCCACGCCCGAGGCUCAUCCCGAUGAUGACGAGGCAUCCGAUGCUAGCGAUGAAGAAGAUGCCGAAGAGGAAGCCAAGCGCGCGGCUUUCUUCGCUCCCGAAGAAAAGCCCAAGAGUGGCAAAGAAGAAAAGAUCUCUUCGUUCCAAGCCAUGUCUCUGUCUCGUCCCAUCCUUCGCGGCCUUACCAAUGUCGGCUUCACAAAGCCCACGCCGAUUCAGUCCAAGACUAUCCCUAUCGCUCUGAUGGGCAAGGAUCUUGUCGGUGGAGCCGUCACUGGCUCUGGUAAAACUGGUGCCUUCAUUAUUCCCAUUCUGGAGCGACUUCUGUAUCGGCCCAAGAAGAUUCCCACUACCAGAGUUGUCGUCCUUACACCCACACGUGAAUUAGCGAUCCAAUGUCACGCUGUCGCGACGAAGCUUGCAGCACACACUGACAUCAAGUUCACAUUAGCCGUCGGCGGUCUCAGCUUGAAAAUGCAGGAAGCCGAACUUCGCCUCCGCCCUGAUGUGAUCAUCGCUACACCGGGUCGUUUCAUUGAUCACAUGCGCAACUCGGCCAGCUUCCCAAUUGACACUGUUGAGAUUCUUGUUCUUGAUGAAGCUGAUCGAAUGCUGGAGGACGGUUUUGCUGACGAACUGAAUGAAAUCCUCACCACUCUACCCAAAUCCCGACAGACUAUGCUUUUUUCUGCCACCAUGACGUCAACCGUCGACAGACUCAUUCGAGUCGGCAUGAACAAGCCCGCCAGAGUCAUGGUCGACGCGCAAAAGAAGACUGUCGGCACGCUUGUUCAGGAAUUUGUGCGCCUGCGCCCAGGUCGAGAAGAGAAGCGCAUGGGCUACUUAGCACAUAUUUGCAAGACAUUGUAUACAGAGCGAGUGAUCAUUUUCUUCCGGCAGAAAAAGGACGCCCAUGAAGCGCGUAUUAUUUUUGGGAUACUAGGACUGACUUGCGCGGAGCUCCACGGAAGCAUGAGUCAAACAGGACGUAUCGACAGCGUGGAAGCUUUUCGAGACGGCAAAGUCAAUUUCCUCCUUGCGACUGACCUGGCAUCGCGUGGUCUAGAUAUCAAAGGCGUCGAUACAGUCAUCAACUACGAAGCACCACAGUCACUAGAAAUCUACGUGCACAGAGUCGGGCGUACGGCGCGUGCGGGUCGCAAGGGUGUUGCCCUGACUCUCGCUUCGGAGGCGGACCGAAAGAUUGUCAAGGCGGCGGUCAAAGCAGGCAAGGCCCAAGGCGCCAAGGUCUCCAGUCGCGUAAUUGAAGCCGACAAGGCAGACAAGCUACAGGCAGAGAUUGACGGCAUGGAGCAGGAGAUCAAGGAAAUUAUGCGGGAGGAAAAGGAAGAGAAGCAACUUGCGCAGGCAGAAAUGCAGGUGAGGAAGGGCGAGAACCUGAUUGAGCACGAGGCGGAGAUCAAGUCGCGUCCCAAGAGAACAUGGUUCGAGUCGGAGCAGGAGAAGAAGAAGGCCAAGGAGGCUGGCAAGGCGGAACUUAAUGGCGCGCGGGAGUCGAGCAAGAAGAAGGCACCGGGCAAGAUCAGCAACAAGAUCCAAAAGCGACUGGAUAUCAAGGCCGAGCGAGCUGACGGCAUGGGAUGGAGGAAAGGCAAGACGGAUGCAAUGAAUGCGGCCACAAAGGCGAAACAGGGCCGGCCCAAGGGGAAGAAGGGCAAGGCGGGAAAGGUUGGCGGUCGCAAGUGA